AUGAACGGAGAGCAGAGGAGAAAGCGUUCUCCAGCGGCAAACUCUGCCAGAAUUUCACUGUGGGACGAGGAAUUACGAAACAACGCAUGGGAAAAUCUGGCAAUAUCUCAGUUACUCCCAUGGCGUACUAUAUCACGUGAGCAAACUGGUCAUCCUGAAGGAAGACAACCAGAACAUCACAUAGUGUUGCGCUCCGCGAACAAUUUCAAGAACUGUUAUUUUUCACCAAUUCAGUGUGUACUUGUUGAAGAGCAAUAA